AUGAAAUUAGGAUAUAAUGAAAUAAUGAUAACAUCAAUGUACUUUAAUGAUAUUAAAGAUUUUAUUAAUUUAGAAAUUGGAAUUAAAAGAUUUAGAGGGAAUAUUGAACGAUUUCAUUUUAAUCCAAUUCCAUUAAAUGAACAUUCAAGAGAAUUCUUUCCUAAUAUUGAAACAUUUCAUAUUUAUAAUAGAAAGGAUAAAAUAUUUGAUGAUGGAAAAAUAUUUAAAUAUGUAAUAUGGUAUCCAGUAAGUUAUUCAACAUAUUUAUUCGAAAAAGAACAAGGAAAUAUCUACAAAAAUAUAAAAUAUACAAGAGAAGAUAGAAAUAAAUAUGGAAAUACAAUACCAUUAGAAGUUAAAUCACUUGGAUAUGGUUGUUUUUAUGAAUGUUAUUCAUUAACAUCAAUUAAUAUACCAGCACCAAUUAAUGAAAUAGGAUGUGUUUGUUUUUCAGGAUGUUCAUCAUUAAAAUCAAUUAAUAUACCAGCAUCUGUGAGUCAAAUAGGAAUUGAAUGUUUUUGUGAAUGUUCAUCAUUGACAUCGGUAAGCGUAGAUAAUCUACAAUUUGUAAGUAAAGAAAGAAUAUUUAUGAAUGAACCAGUGUUAGUUAGUAUUGAAAUACCAUAUAAACUACAAAUAAUCAAUGGAAAGAAUAUUGAAAAGAAAGAUAUUAAUGAAUUUAUUAUUCCGACAACAAUUAGUAAAUUAGGUGAUGAUUGUUUUUCUGAAUAUUCAUCAUUAAAAUCAAUUAAUAUACCUUCAUCAAUUAAUGAAAUAGGAAAUUAUUGUUUUAGAUAUGUUAUUCAUUAA